AUGGAAGACUUUAAUUCUUGGAUUGAUCAUUGUGGCUUGAUUGAAAUGAGGUCUUUGGGUAGGAGGUUUUCUUGGUGUAAUGGUCAACGAGGUCUUUCGAGUAGUUGGGAGAAAUUAGAUCGUUGUUUUAUUAAUGCUAGUUGUCUGAGUAAUUUUCCAAAUGCGGUUUUGAGUUAUCUUGUGAGAUCCACAUCUGAUCAUUCUCCAAUGUUCUUGGAAAUGAAGAAAGAUCCAUUUGCUUAUGGCCCUCCUCCUUUUCGGUUUCAGCAAAUGUGGAUAGAUCAUCUAGAGUUUAGACCUUUUGUGGAACAAGUCUGGCAGGAAGAGGUGGCUGGUACGGGUCUAUUGAGAUUGGCACUAAAACUGAAAAAAUUAAGGGGUGCAUUGAGAGUGUGGAAUAAACAGAUUUUUGGUAGAACUGAAUUUCAUUUACAGGAGAUUCAAUCUCAAAUUGAUUCUUUGGAGUCGGCUUUACAGCAAGAUUGGGAUCCAAUCACUGAACAGGAGCUAUUGGUGAAAACUGCAGAAUUGGCAGAUUGGAGGCGUAGGGAAGAGACUAGACUGGCUCAAAUGGCGAAACUUAGAUGA